AUGGACUGAAUAUUAUCCGGUACGGUAAGCUCAACGUGUAAUGUAUGACGCACAUUUGACUUGACAGUUGUUUACAAAAAUUGUUUAUGGUUCAUCACUUGGAAGAUAAAAAUACUUGUCAUCCAAGCGAUAUGUCUUCUCCACGCCCAAAGUCACCCCGUACACCCGUUUUGCCUAAAAAGGAAGAGAAGGAAGAGUCUUUUUGGGAUAAAAUCGGCACCAUUGGCCGUAAGAAGCGGAUAAAGGAAGUACAAGAUGUGCAAGCGGAAGGCAAGUAUGCAAUAGACUCACCUGGCAGUCCCACUGCACCCGAGUUCCCACCAGAAGAUUACAGUUUACAUGAUAAUGAAGAACGGGCUAUCAUAGAACCUCGUUCUUUGGAGGACCCUAGAGUGAAAGAACUGAUUCAAGUAUUGAUUGACUGGAUCAAUGAUGAGCUGGCACAACAGAGGAUCAUUGUUAAAGAUAUCAGCGAGGAUCUUUAUGAUGGGCAGGUUUUGCAGAAACUGCUGGAGAAGUUGACUGAGAACAAGUUAGAUGUGCCAGAGGUGACACAGUCAGAGGAAGGGCAGCGUCAAAAGCUUGCUGUAGUCUUAAGGGCUGUCAACAGAGUACUGUAUGGCACUACAAAGCCUGCCCAGAAAUGGAGUGUGGAUUCUGUUCACUCUAAGAAUGUGGUGUCAAUUCUGCACUUAUUAGUAGCACUGGCACGGCACUUCCGCGCGCCUGUACGCUUGCCUGAAAAUGUUAGUGUGAAUGUCGUGGUUGUGAAAAAGGACGCUCCUAAUCAACUUUCUCAUCGGACAUACAUUGAAGAUAUAACUACAACUUACGAUGAUCUUGGGAUGAAAUGUGAGAGAGAUGCAUUUGAUGCUCUUUUUGAUCAUGCUCCUGAUAAACUCCAAGUUGUUAAAAAGUCACUUAUUACCUUUGUGAACAAGCAUCUCACCAAGGUGAAUCUCGAAGUCACAGACCUGGAUACUCAGUUUCAUGAUGGCGUCUACUUGUGUCUUCUCAUGGGACUUCUGGAAGGGUUCUUUGUACCAUUGUAUGACUUUUACCUUACUCCUCAGGACUUUGAUCAGAAAGUCCACAAUGUCUCUUUUGUAUUUGAGUUGAUGCAGGAUGUUGGUCUUGCUAAACCUAAGGCGAGACCAGAAGAUAUUGUCAAUCUCGACCUGAAAUCUACUCUACGUGUUUUGUACAAUCUUUUCACAAAGUACAAGAACAUGGCUUAAGACUUCGAUAGGUACUAGUACCUAAGUACAUUAAUGCCAUAUUAAUACAUUAUACUGAACUAACAUUUGUGUUCAUGGAAUUAAGAGAGGAUUAACUUUUGAUUUGUAUUUUUAAUAAUAUUCAUUUUAUAUUAAAUGUAA